AGUUUCCUCACAAAAGAGAUCCAAGUUACCAAGCAGCUCUGUGUCUCUAUGACGAAAGAAAACACUAGUUCUGCAACUAUAGCAUUCAAUACUACCCACGUUCUGCAUCCACUGUUUUCUACUUUCCUGCUUCCCAAUGAUCCUCUAAAUUUCUCUAUAUAAGAACAUGCAAUCCCCUCUAUAUGUUCACCCUUCCCCUUCCCUCUUUCAACUAGUUCUCAUUGCUAUCACCAUCGUAGUAAGCCUCAACAAUGGAGGAAAAACGAGCAACUCCUACCAACACCAAGCUCGUGAACAUCCUAAAGCAAGUAAACCAAAACUACAUGAAUAUCUACCACCACUUCACCUCUCACGGCUUACAUUACCUUCUUCUCCCCGCCUUCCUCGUCCUGUCCUCCAUGACGAGUCUACCUUCACCGUGCACCUACGUUCAUCUCAACCUAUCAACCUCCAUCAUCAUCUCCUCCAUUCUCGCUACCAUCGCGACCUUCUACCUCAAGAGCCGUCCCCUACCAAUCUAUCUUGUCGACCUAUCAUGCUUCAAGCCACCGUCCUCCUACAAAAUUACCCGUGAAACCUUCAUGAAGCAGUUCCAGAGCAGCGGUACAUUUACAGACGACAGUAUCGUGUUCCAGCGGCGAAUGCUGGAGAGAUCAGGGAUCGGGCAGGCUUCGUACCUGCCCAAAUCCCUACUCAGCGUGCCAUUGAACCAGUCGAUGGUCAUGGCGCGUGAGGAGGCGACGAUGGUUAUGUAUGGGGCAAUUGACGAGCUCCUCGACAAGACAGGGGUCGGGGCGAAGGAGAUUGGGAUUCUGGUGGUGAACUGUAGCUUGUUCUGCCCGACGCCGUCGCUGUCAGCGAUGAUAGCGAACCGCUACGGGCUGAGGGGGAAUGUGAUGAGUUAUAGUCUCGGUGGGAUGGGGUGCAGUGCUGGCCUCAUUUCCAUAGAUCUGGCUAAGCAGCUGCUCAAGGUUCACCCCAACACGUAUGCCCUCGUGGUGAGCACAGAAAACACGACCCUCAACCCCUACUUCGGCAACAAUCGCUCAAUGCUCGUGACUAACAGUCUCUUCCGGAUGGGCGGUGCUGCCAAAUAUCAGCUCGUCCACACCGUCCGGACCCACACCGGCUCCAGUGACCGUUGUUUCUCCUGCAUCAACCAAGAAGAAGACGAAGAAGGCCGUGUCGGAGUUGCCCUCUCCAAAGACCUAAUGUCCGUCGCCGGAGACACCCUCAAGGCCAACAUCACGACCCUGGGCCCACUCGUCCUUCCGUUAUCAGAACAGCUCCUAUUCUUAGUUGCGGUUAUCAAGAAGAAGGUGAUGAAGAUGAAGGUCAAGCCGUACAUCCCAAACUUCAAGCUAGCAUUUGAGCACUUCUGCAUACAUGCAGGUGGAAGGGCGGUGCUCGAUGAACUUGAGAAGAACCUCGAUCUGAGUGAAUGGCACAUGGAGCCUUCGAGGAUGACCCUGUACAGGUUUGGAAAUACUUCGAGCAGCUCCUUGUGGUACGAGCUCGCGUAUUGUGAAGCGAAGGGGAGGAUUAAGAAGGGUGAUCGUGUGUGGCAGAUUGCUUUCGGGUCAGGAUUCAAGUGUAAUAGUGCGGUGUGGCGAGCGCUGAGGACGGUUGAGCGCGCCAAGGAUAAUCCCUGGGCGGAUGAGAUAAAUGACUUCCCAGUCCACAUACCAAAGGUGGUCAGCAUUGGGCUGUGAGCAAGUAACAGAUGACAUGCAGUCUUGAGCUAUAUAGAUAUAAAUAUAUAUAUAUAUAUCCUCUUUCUUAGUAGUAUGUAAGAAUAUUUGAUGUCGUAACAUCUUUUUAUCGUUAAAGUACAAGAAUUGUUGGUAAUUUAAUCUUA